AACAUUCAUAGAGCUUAUUUUGGGUCACUCGCGUCGCUUCCAACUUGUACUUCGUUUGGUUGGAUUUUGUAGAGGUGCCUUUCUCUAAACUUGCAACAUAGCAUAGUUUUGUGUUUUUCAUUCAAGAAAGCUGGCGGGUGCGCGAAUGUGUGAUAAUUAAUUAUUUUGUGGCAGUGGCAUUAAAUUAAACCAAAACCAAUUUAAAAUAGUGUUAAAACGUAGUUGAUGAAAAUAUAGUCAAGGGCGACGGGCGCGGCGAGUGGACACGCGGUACGAUGGACGACGACCAGCAGUUUUGCCUGAGGUGGAACAACCACCAGUCGACACUGGUUUCUGUGUUUGACACUCUGUUGGAGAAGGGCAUUCACGUGGACUGCACCUUGGCGGCCGAGGGACAGACGCUGAAGGCACACAAAGUAGUCCUGUCUGCGUGCAGUCCCUAUUUCGAGAGCGUACUAUCACAACAGUAUGACAAACAUCCAAUAAUAAUAUUGAAAGAUGUGAAGUAUGCGGAGUUGAGGGCGAUGAUGGACUACAUGUACCGUGGGGAGGUGAACAUCUCCCAGGACCAGCUAGCGGCGCUGCUGAAGGCGGCGGAGUCGCUGCAGAUCAAGGGGCUGUCGGACAACAAGCCCUCACGCCCGCCGUCUCGGCCCGCGCCGCCCGCUGCCGCGCCCGUGCCAGCGCCGCGCGCGCCCUCGCCUCCGCCACAGGCCCGCGACGGCAGCAUAGACAGCCGCGAGGGCUCAGUGUCGCCUACCCGGCGCCGCAAGAAAGCGCGCCGCCUGUCCAGCGCCGCGCCCGACACCAACACCAACAACAGCAGCGAGCCGCCUGCCUGCAAGGAGGAGACGCACCGGGACGGGGUCGAGGACCUCACUAUUGACGAGGACGCCGAGGAACACCCGCCCGUCGCGCACAAUGACGUCGUACGCAAUUUCCAAUGGCACAUGGAACGAUCUCAAGAUGAAAUAAUGAACUCGAGCGACGGCGUCCGAGACUCGCAAGAAACUACUCUGAAACUAACUAGCACGCUGAAUUACGCCAAAACUCCUUUUCCAUUAACACGAGGGUAUCUUAAGGGCGUCGAUGUUAAAACCGAGAAGAAAGAGAAGGGUCGUAGAGGAAGGAAAAGCAUUAAAAACGUACCGAAAGUUCCGAAAGUAGUCAAACGCAAGUACAGGAAAAGAAAAUGCAAUUCUGACGCGGAGUGUAGCUCGAGCGACAAAAAGUACAUUUGUUCUAUAUGCAAGAAGAAGCAUUACAAGUAUAGGAGGAACAAACUGCGACACGAGAAGUACGAGUGUGUCACGGGCCCGCAGUUCGCGUGCGAGCUCUGUGGGAAAAAGUACUCGCAGAAAAAAACACUAGUCUCCCACAUCAAUGUAAAGCACCCCAACCCACUCGCGCUCAAUGUCAAGACUGAAGCCAAACUAUCAUGAACGAUUACUUUAUUUUUCUUAUACCAUGUUGAUUCUUUCGCUUUUAUAAAUCUUAUUUUGUUUUUUGUUAAGUUAGUUCUAUGUGUUUAAAACAUGAAUUGUUAGACUUGUUGAUUUUUUUAGACUUUAUUAUUUUUGAUCUCUUUUGAUACCGGUGCCAUAUUUAAGUUGGUUAGAUUUGUAAGUUAAGAAAGAUCAUUCUGAAUGGGGUUAUGUUGUUGAUUUUCUUUUUUGUUUUUCACAUAUUGAUUAAUGCUUUGUUUAGAAUGGUCUUUAUCUUCAUUAAAAAAAUCAUAUUUUUUUUUGUUACUAUUUACCAUUAUUUUUUCAUUUAUUACUAAAAAAACUUUCUUUAUUUUGAAUACACCAUUUCGUCGUCA